GACAUUUUAAGAAUAAAUAAACGUUGAGCAAUGGCCAAGGUGAUGACAAAACUCACGAGAGUGGAGUGUUGGGUUACCAUGGUUACAGUGGUUCAUCAUUCCUGUGUACGAGAAGGAAGUCGCCUGCCUGAACUCAAACUCAACUCGUUCGCUUAAACGUCUUUUGUCAGUAUAACCAGGUACAAAUUAUGGAGUACCUGCGAAAAGUUGUUUUGGAUCAGUAGAUAUACGUUACAUGUAGUCAGCCACCCAUAAAUGUGUGGGGUUCUAAAAUCUUAUGUUGGUGACAUGACCAUCGUACACACAUUAUGUUCUUACCGCAUGCGGCUGAAAUUAUGUAUAAAUAUUUAAAGGAGAACUCUGGAACAGCUGGAUAAUGGCUCUCGGUACAUCUGCAGAAAACUGAACUGUAAGUUUUAUGCCAUUUUAACAGACGAACAUAAAAGACGGAGCAUUGCCAAUAUACAAAUAGAUGAGCGCUAAACCAAUCACAGUCCAGUAUGCAAAUACGACACAAUCGUCGGUUGAUUUGAAAUGUCGGUUUGUAUUUGAAGGGUAAUUGACAAGGGGACACAAAAAUUGAAAUUUUUUUUAACAUAAGGCUGGAACAAUGGAAGAUGCAUGGAGAUUAAUGAAAAUAAAUGAGGAAUUUUAUAUUAUAGGCUUUAAUUAGAUGUGUUGAACUUGAUGCUGUACUGCGCAGACCGAUCGGAGUAUGACAUCACGAAUCUCUCUCGCGGUACAUUGAUGUCAUACGUUGAUCGAUCUGCGCAGCGCUGUAGGAAGUCGAACACAUCUUGGCUACAGUAUAAUGAAACUCUCAACUUGAGAAUGACGGCAAAUGCUACACCACCACCUGCAGGUAUCUGUUCGUCGGCUGAAAGUGAAAAGGACAUCUACAUUACUCAGUUGAUACACCGUCUUGAAACUCUCCACAUGUCUACAGUAGUAAGCACACAACAGGUGUCUUUACAAGCCAGCAUUCCUAAUGCCCAGGAACAGGAACCAACCACCUGUUGCAGCCAAACAAAAUCAUCUGAGGUUGUCAAGCAACUUAAUACAACCCAGUUAAGGAUGCUUUCGCAUAGAUGGCACAGCCUUGGUCUUCAGCCUCCAAUCCUCCGGAGCAAACAAGAACAAGUAUCUGACCAUCAUAAAUCUGCAGCUGAAACCAGACCACCACAGGAAAACAUACAGGUCACCCAUGUUAUGUCUUCUUCAAGGGAUGAAAGUACAGAUGAGACAAAGGGAAUGAGCGAUUCACAUUCCAGCAGUUCAGACACCUGCAACCGUGGACUUCUCGAUGGUAAUGUAAUCGAGCAGUGCUCUUUAAAUAACUCUAACCGGAUGUCAGUUGAGUGUGAAGACAGUGACCUCUCCGACCAAGAGAAAGACAAUAUUCCUCUCUCAAAGUGGACAACUCCCGUCGAACUGGACCUGAGGCCAGACUCAUCAGAAUUAACAGAGACUGGAGAAGAAAAGCAAGUUUACCCUGAGGUUCUCCCAGUUUUAUUAGAGAGUCAGCAAAAGCUGCAUGUAAGCGACCCUUGUUUUACAGCUAUGGUGGCACGCUUGCUAGAGCUGGAGAAACUUCAGGCUGCAACUAUACAAAGGGAGCAAGCAAAAGCAGUCAGAUCACGCCCGACAACUGCCAUAAUACAAAAUGCCAAUCGUCCGAGACAGAUGGAAAGCCCAUCCAAUCAGAGCAUCAGCUUUGUGUUAGAGCUAAACAUGCCUUUAGGAGUGACCUUGAAGAUGUCUUGUUCCAUUGAAAGCGGAGGACGGCAGGAGGCUGUGUCUCCAUUGGCCAGAGAUUAUACUCGAACACAAAGAACAAUGGGAAAAACAGCACAAACAGCAGUUAGUGUUGAUAAAGUCACCCGUUAUAAGACGCAGUAUCAUUACGAAUAA